AUGGAUCGUCGAGACGACGCCUCGAGCAACAAAACUUUAGAUACUGCCGUGUUACAGAAAAAAUUGAUAGAUGCAGCUAAAGGCGGUAUCGUUGAGAAAAUUUCCGAAAUAUGUGUUACUCUUCCAAAUGCUGGUUAUGAUGCUCUAUAUUAUGCAACAGAAUCAUAUGAAAGAGAUCCAGAAGAGGGGAAAAAGGUCAUUGAACUUCUCUUGUCACAAGGCAAAUUUAACAUCAAUCGAUUCCGAAAAGAUGGGUCAACUGAAGUGUUAAAAUCUGUUGUGGAGAGUAAAUUAGACCUCGUAUCAUUGCUAUGCAAGCUUGGGGCUGAUGUGAACCUUGGAUACCAUUCGUCCAAAAGGGCAAUCCAUUGGGUAAGCGAGCAAAGUGGCUAUCACGACAUGGUACAGCUACUUAUUGACCAUGGAGCUAAUAAAAACGAAGUUUGGCGCCACUGCCAAAGACCUAUACAUCUGGCUCUUAAACAUGGUUUAGCAAGAAAUGCAGAAGUUUUGCUCCGAUCGGGAGUUGACAUUUCUGGCUCGAUAAGGCUAAAUAAUCCAAAGUACUUAUGGAUUUCCACAUUUUGUCUUGCUGCUAGGCGAUGCCCUUCGCUAAUUCCAGAGUUUUUAGCUCGUGGUGCCAAUCCAAAUGAAAUCCACUAUCCUAGUGGUUUUUCAGUGCUUGGAUUUGCCAUAGAAAAUGGUGGCAGUAGAGAAGUGAUAAAAUCCCUAAUAAAAGCAGGCGCUAAUAUAGCAAACGGAUGCCAUGGAAAAUCUGCAAUCAAAUGUUGCAAAAGAAUAG